GACAGCUCGAAAUCAAGAAAUUAAAGUAAGAAUUUUAUCUUAAAACCUAGAAACAAAUACCUUUGUAAAAGAAAUUAUGUCGAAAUAAAUUCUAAUCUCACAGGUUACUAGACAUACAUACAACUAAAAACAAUGGAUUAUGAAAAGUUUGAUGAUGACAGUGCCACAGAUGAAGCGGCAAAUAAAGGGAAAGGCUCCGCAGAAAUUUCCCCAUCAGAAGUUGUAAACGUGUCGUCAAGUGGAAAGAUUGAUGACGUUCAGAUCCAAGUUGAGAAAAAGACUGAUGAAGGACCCACGCUUACAAUUUACAAUGCCGACACCAAAAAAGGAGUGGAAUACAUAGAUGACCCUAGCGAGAGACCACAAUUAUAUGGUGUUAAAUGGUUGCAGUUUCAAUUGCGGAGCAUUGUAGAACACAUAGCGUUUCGAAUAGCGACAGUGGUGCUGAUUAUUUUAGAUUUAACCCUAGUCAUAAUUGAUCUUGCUGAUGUGGACCUUACUGGCAACAUCAACAGUGGAUUGGAAACAGUUUCUCAUAUAAUCAUCAGCUAUUUCGUUCUUGAAAUUCUAAUGAGAAUUUUCUACAUGGAAGGCCGAUUUUUCCGGAGCAUUCUCGACCUGGUAGAUGGGAUAAUUGUAAUAGCAUCCUUUGUUGUUGAUAUGAUUUUCGUCUUUGUUGCCAACAAGUUGACAUCAGCAGAGGGUUCCGACUAUGCUAAACUGAUCAAUAUUGGUCGAGUGUUCCGGAUCAUCAGGAUCGUACGUAUUGUAUACUUCAUGUACAUUCAAAAGCGCCAUGUAGCCUCCACAACCAGAAAAUUGGUCUCCCAGAACAAGAGAAGAUACAUGAAAGAUGGAUUCGAUCUUGACCUUUGCUACAUAACCGAGAGGAUUAUAGCCAUGUCCUUUCCAUCGACUGGGUUGAUGGCCAUGUACAGAAAUGACAUCACGGAGGUGGCCAGGUUCUUCGACACCAUGCAUAAAGACCAUUAUAGAAUAUACAACCUAUGUAGUGAAAGAGAUUAUGAUGAAAGCUUAUUCCAUGAUCGAGUUGGGAGAGUUUACAUUGAUGAUCACAAUGCACCAACAGUCAAAGACAUGGUCAAUUUCUGUAAGGAUGCACGGGAAUUUAUGUCGGAGGAUCGUAAAAAUGUAAUCGCCCUUCACUGUAAGGGUGGGAAGGGCCGUACAGGAACCAUGAUAUGUGUCUGGCUCAUUGACUGUGGGAUAUUUGAGGAUGCUAAGGACUCCCUGGACUACUUUGGUGACCGGCGUACUGAUCUGUCUGUCGGGAAAACGUUCCAAGGAGUGGAGACACCCAGUCAGAGUCGCUUUGUGGGCUACUAUGAGCAAGUUAAAAAGCUUUACAAUUGUGAGCUGCCCCCCAAGAAGGAGCUGAAGAUUACCACUUUCAAAAUUGAAAGCAUCGCAGGUGUAGGUCAUGGUGACGGAAGUGACUUAAGCCUGGAACUGAGGGUAGACAACCUGCUUAUAUUCGAGGCAAAAGUGGCCGGCUCCAUCAACUGUGAGUGUUCACAUGACCGUGACAACGACAGUAUUACGAUCACGUUGAAGAACGCCCCUGCGCUUGUGGAUGAUGUCAAAGUUAGAUUCUUUUCAACAGCUAAGUUCCCUAAAAUCUACGACCAUUGUGCCUUCUUCUUCUGGUUCCAUACAACCUUCAUUGAGAAAAACAAGUUGAGGCUUACGAGAGAUGAGAUUGACAAUCCCCACAAGCCGGCGGGAAAGAAAGUGUUCCGGGAAACAUUCGCAAUUGAGGUCGACUUCGAGCCUGUUGAAUCUUUCUAGGCAUGGACUGUGGGAAAUUAGAUGGAGUAGAGGAAUAGAUAAAAAACAGUAUUUGAAGUGUAACGGGGUGUUUGAGAGUUUGCAGACUAAAGGCUGUCUUCUUAUUUAAAGAGUUGUUUUAUUAUAUUAUAAAGUGCCGCUGCACGUGUUGUGUCUCAAAGAGGUCUUUUGUAGAACAAAAACCUAUUUUGUGAUUUUUAUUAUAAAUUAUUAUAAAUUAUCUAUAAAAGUAUUAGCUUUUUUCAAAUUUUAGUAUCUAUUUGUAUAUAAAUUUGUUUGUUUAGUUUGUACUCAUAGACUAUAGAUUUGUAGGCAACAGCCUAGCAGUAUAUUAUUUUAUGCAAGUUUUUUUAAGAUUAUUGUUUAGGGACUGUGCAAUUCUUUUGUAAUAUCUUUAAAAGACCAAGUGAUAUGAAAUGUUAUGUAAGGUUGUAAGAUGAAGUAAAGUUGUAAGAUGUGAUUCUUUACUUUUAAGUUAAGCCAUACAUCCUUAGGAUGGAAAUAUGUGUUUUAGAUAUAAACAUCAAGAUUAUUUCUAUGUUUAAUUUAUAUUCAUUAACAAUUUUGUUUUUUUCAUGGAUUACAUUUUUUAAUAACACCCGAGUGACGCUGCAAUAGGUAAAGCUUGGAAGUAUGUUAUUAGUUUUUCUCAAUAUUGACUUCAUGUAACAAUUGUACAACAAUCAAUGAAUCAAGUCGGUCAAUACAGCCAAAUUAAUACUGUAAACACGCUUUAAUCCAAAUGGCAUUGUUUAGUGUAAAUUAGUUAAAGAUGGUUACAAAACACUGCAGUUGGGGAACUUGCAAAAGUGACAGUCAUUAUAAAGACAAGCCACAUAUGAAAGAUGUUCAAGACAUUCAGUAUUAAAGUAAAUAUUAUCAAAAUA